GACCAAUCGGAUUGAACGAAGCAUUAAUCAAGAUAAAAGAUGGCGGCGUGUGUGAGUGGCAGUUCCUUGGAAGACAAACUUCUUUGGGAAACUGUGACUCAGUUCUUCGAAAUGGUGCCUAUAAGGAAAAUGAAAUGGGGUAAUUAUACUUUUGAAGGAUCAGAACUGGGACCAGAAGCUCAAAAGAAGGUCUUAAGUGCCACUAUAACCAGUCCUCUUUGUGAAAAAUAUCCACCCUCUCUUACUUACCAACGUAAUUUUGUGAAACAUUUCCUUCAUAAACUUGAGUCGUGCGAGUCUGAAGUCUGUGAUGAGGUGUAUGAAGUUUAUUCUGAUAUUCUCAAUCAAAAAGAGGAAGAAGAUGAUACUCUUUGCUACAAGACAUACACGUUACCUUCAUCUAAUACAGUGAGCCUUCAGGAAUCUGUUCACCUGGUGACACAAGGUACUACUGGAUUAAGCACAUGGCAGGCUGCUCAAAAUUUAGCUGAAUGGUCCAUUGAAAAUAGCGAGGUAUUUCAGAAUAAAAAAAUUUUGGAACUAGGAUGUGGUCUUGGUUUGACAGGCAUAGUAAUUUGCAAGUAUUGCCAACCAACACAUUUUUGCUUUACAGACUGUCACCCUCAAGUAUUGUAUCUCUUGUCUAAGAAUAUUGAACUCAACAUGCUGCAAAACAAUCAAAGUGAGACAGACAAUACCCAGGAGGACAUUCACUUAUCACCCAUCAACAUAAAUAAUAAAAACGAUGAAAAAAUAAUGCGGAAGAUUCGUCGACAGCUUAGUUUAAGUGCUGAUAACAAUACUUCGAACGACAUGACUGACAUCAUCGAGAUCUGCCUGUCUCCAUCUACACCUCCGAGUGAGGAGAGUGAAAUCAUGCAGAAAGAUCCUGUGGAAGAUUUUGCAGAUUUUGAGCUCUACUCUAAGUCAUGGAAGAAGGACUCUGAAAGCAAAAUUGCUACACUUAAAAAAAACGACAAAAUUAGUAUCGCAAAACUGGACUGGGAGUGUUUUGAUGAUAGUUUUCUCAAAUGGUUUUGUCCAGAAGUUAUCAUUGCUGCAGAUGUGGUUUAUGAUACAACAGUAAUUCCAUCCUUGGUACUUGUGCUGAAAAAAUUACUGUCUAUUACUCUUGAGAAUGGUGAAAAGCCAGUGGCUUAUGUAGCAUCAACUGUGCGUUUAGAAGACACUCGAGAUCAGUUCCUGUUUACAUUAGGUGUUCAAGAUCUUCAUUUUGAAUCCUUGAUGGCACCUAAUGAUGAUAUUUUCCAUUAUGACCGUGCUGUGCCAAUUGAGUUGUUGAAGAUAACUGCUAUGUAAAGACGAGGAAUGAUACAAGCAGACUGCUGGCAACCAGAUCAUACUUUUUAUCUCUGAUCAAUACGAUCAAAUAUUUGUUGUUCAGUAUUCAUGUUGAUAUACAAGUUGUAGUAAUCAUUACUAUAUUUUUGUUUAUUAUUAUUAUUAUUAUUAUUAUUAUUAUAUUUUUGUUUAAUAUAUUAAGCUUGGUCGGCCGUCUUCUAUUUUCAGAUCCAUUUACAAAUUUUCUUUAUAAUCUGGACUAACAAUCUCAUACAGCAUUGUUAUAGUGAAUAUUCUUUGAUAUCAUUCUGUUUCAAAAUACUUCUAGACAUGACCUGCAAUUAUAAAAAUAUUUAGUAAUCUUAUAUAACCAUUGAAGCAUGAUAAUUAGGCUUAAAACCAUCGGUUUAUAAGAUUACUUUUGCAGUAAGUGAACUACGUUUUUAUGCUUACUUUAAAAAAAAUUUUUCUAUGAAAAGUUGUUUUUUUUUUUAAAUUAAAAAUUUUAAAUGCAAAAAAUUUUUAUUUUAAAAUACAAAUAUCUUUUCUUAUUUGAAGAGAAGAUGUGUCGUCAACUUAAUAAGUUUCAUUCCAAAUUUCUGUUGAAUUUAUAGUUAUAUGAUGUUAUUAAAACUAUAGUAUUUUGUCUUCAUUGAGAAGCUCAUAUUUCUACUUAACUGGCCUCCAGGCUACACACUAGGAUCCAGUUGACUGACUCUUUUUAUGGUGGCCCCAUAAAAUGUGCCUCUUUAUUUUUAACAGAAUGUUUAUAAGAGAGCUUAAAUAGUGCAGACUGAACAUGAGUAUGUAUAAUUAUGUAUACAUAUAUAUAUAUAUGUAUAUAUAUAUAUUUAAGUAGGUGAAUGAAUUAUCCUAGUAUGGAUAAUUCGGUUAACCGAUACCUGGGUACCUUCCUUAUUGGACACACCUUCCAAAGAGAGUUUUGGAAGUUAAGGGUUGUAAGUCAGUUUGUCCCAUGCAUAGGCUUUGUUGUACUUAUGGAAACCCAAAUGGUUUCAUAAUUCCUUAAGAAUGAAAAAGAUAUUCCAGUCUGUAUUAAAAUUUUGUACAAACCAUUUUAUCAGGAUUGUAGCUGCCUUUUUAUAGUGCAACUUUUUGUCCCAAAGUAUUUCGUGUAAACACUAGGCAAAAGCUUCAUACCAAAGUUCCAUAGCAAUAAUUAUGUCAUCUCUGCAGGAAGUUUUGUAGUGUGUCAAUGUUUUCAGUCAGUAACUCUUUUUUUUUUUUGGGAUUUAUGUAAUUGUAUAUUUCAACCACUAUAUUCAAUAUCUAUUAACCAGAACAUAAAUAUACAAUAUUUUGUGAAAUUAUAUAUCUAGUGUUUGGGAAAGCACCUUGAUCUGCUUAAAACCAAACAUGAAAAUAAAAGCUUACUGCUGCUUACAUUGACCAAUACAACAAUAGUUACCAAUGUUCUACUGGUAGUUUCUUUUCAGGCUAUUGAUUUCGUUUGACUAGACACCAGGUAAAAUUUUGUAAGGAAGAGGAUCUGCUCAUUUCACUUUCAUUUGGCCAUAAAGUUAUUGAUACCAAUGAUGAUGAUGAUGAUGUACAUUUUAAACUCAAAACCAAGAGGGAAGAAUAUGAGUAGUGUAUUUGUGGGACAGUCCUGGUUGAAUAUAGUAAUCUCUACAAGUGGAAGCAUGUCUAGUCAUAUGACAGAAUUCCCAGUUGGGGAAUUUGUUGGUGCUUGUGAUGUAUGGAGCAGUGUUCAGUUGACUGUUUCAUGAUUAGUUCAUGUCUUGUUGAAAGCAAAAAGUUUCGUUAUCUUUUGGUAAUUAAAAGGAUUUUUUUAUAAACUUUCAUUUUUAUAUUCUUAUAUGAUUUUCAAAAAAUGUUAAACACUAUUAUAUAAGGAUGUACAUUAGUAUCUUUGACUAAUAGUGUCUCUGAGAAAAAUUGAUUCAUUUGAAUAUCCAAAAAGACAAGAUCAAUUUAACAAGCAGUGAAAUUUUUCAAUUGUAAAACGUUGGAAAAUCAUUUCUCAUCGCUUGUAACAACUUUCCAGCAGAAAAUCAGACAUGAUUAUGUUGUAGCAUUGGCAGUUAAACAGCAUAACUAUAGUUAAAAAAAAAAGUUUUCAGGUGGUCUAAGUCAAACAUGGGCAACCUUUUUUUGAGAAGUGGGCCCCAUAACACAAUUGGGCUGCACUACUAAAUAAAAAUUCAAGGUGAAUUUUCAUUGUGUACCAUUCAGAAAGUUCAGUUUGCCCAUGAUUGGUAAAAAUGAUGUGAUUCAGGAUUCUUUCAAAUAACCUUUUAUUGACAGCUUCGACAAAGCCCUUAUUGUGUGUUAAAGACUUUUUUAAGUUUUUAUUUGUUUGUGAGAGUUAAUGUCCCAAAGUUGAAUGAAUCUAAAAGAUUUCAAGGUUUUAUAUAUAUAUAUAUAUAUAUAUAUAUAUAUAUAUAUUUUAAAAUUAAGUAUUCUACUCCCCAUUAGUACUUGACCUAAGAUGCAAGUUUUCCUUGCCAGAAAUAUUUCAUAUUUAUGUUAUUUUUUGUUUUAUAUAAUAUACAGAUAAAGGGUGAAUUAAAAGUCACACCUCAUCACAGCAUUCACCUACCUUUCCACUGCAUUCAUUAACACUCCCAUCCAGUUUGACAGCCAAGGAUAAGGGAUUAUAGAAUAGCUGGUCUACUGCCUUGCUCUUCAUAUUGUCUGCUGCUUGGACAACUCUGGGCAGUUGCACUAAGUAUGUCUGAAAAAUUAAACUGGAUUACUGUUGUAUUGGACCAUUUUUAAGAUGAAUGUGCAUUCAUCUUUUAAUAAUGACAUUUUACUGAAAUAUAUAUGUAUAUAUAUCAAGAUAGUCACAAGGACUAAGGUAGUGUUGAAAAGAAAUAUUGUAAAAAAAAAUAAUUUUAUAUAUAAUUUAAAUGUUAGAGACUUCUAAAUCUAUAUAUAAUGAUAUAUUUAUAUUCCUGUUAUUGAAGUUGAUAUCAAAUAAAACUAGGCUAAAUAAUAUUAAAUCAUCUACUACAGGUGGUCUAAGCUUACUAGAUUUGUAAGCUUACUAGAAUUAUAACAGAAGUUUCUUCAUUUCUAUCUUUGAGACAAAUUGAAAAUGUUUUCGUUAAUGGAAAUUUUAGAAACAUUAAAAAUGUUAUGGCAUUACAAAAAGGAAAAUGCUUGUUAAAGUUUAAUUUUAUUUAACUAUAAUAUGCAUCCAUAUCUAGCUGGACAAAUAUAGCCUUUAAAAAAUAUCAAUACUUUUGAAAAUAAAAUAUAUGAAAUAUUAAUUUUAUAUUCUCAACAUAAUUAUAAGAACUGAUAAGACAAAUCUGAAGUUGAACCACAAAAAGAAAUUGAAAGAAAUAAAACCCAAAUACUGCUGGUGAUUACAUUCUUGUGAAUGUAUGAGUCUGGUGUGCUUGAUAAAAUAACUUACAAGAAAAUCUGGCUGACGUUGAUUUUGGCUAAUUACCAACUGGAUUGCUAAGUUGGAUGUUAUUUGCAAGUUUGUGCGUGUAUGUACUGCUGGAAGAUUAGUGCCUAUCUGUGAGUUUGGAAUCAUAUAUUUAUUUUGUUUCGAUGUACUCCUGAAGUUGAGAGUAAUAAUUUAUUUGUUGAAUCUUUGAUGUUGUUUGUUGCAUUUCCAUAUAUAAAAAUAAUAUUUGCUGCUAUGUAAAGCAGAAAAACAAAUCAAUGGUCUUAUGAUGUGAGCAAGAAAUUGCAGAUUUUGUUACCAUGUAUUCUUUCUAGGCUGCAUGCAACAAAACAACUCAUGGACUUGAAACUAUAUCUUAAGUCAAUGUAAAAAAAAAAAAAAAAAAAUCAGUGUUAUACACUAACAGAGUAAAUUCAUUUUUUUUUUUCUUUUUUGGACUUUUCCAUUUAUCUUUAUUUCGUUUUUAUACAAUUUUUAGAUCAAAAACUAUUUCUAAAGUAUUUCUCUAUAUACUUCUAAUGAAAUUUAUACUGGAAAAAAAUUUUUUGCAUGAACCUUUUAAAAAUGGCUGUCAUGACUAAAAAGUAAAAAACCUAAUGGUAAGAUACUCCUAAUUACAAUCUCUAGUUGAUUAACAUUUCUUCUGCAAUCACUAAGUGUUUGGGGACUAUAAUACAGUUAUAUAUUGUAAUUACAACUAUAGUAGCAUGAAUUGUAAAACAUCUUAACUGUUUAGUAUUGUUGCUCAGUCACUAGUCUUUUGGUAUAUUUUAAAUAUUAGAUGAAGUACAUAUCAGAACAUUGUAUGAUCAAAAGCAAUAAAGAUAGAUGUUAAAGUCCACACACAAACAAAACAA